GGGAUAGUUUUACAUUAUGUCAGAUAUCUAUCAGAGAUCAAUUAACCACUCUGCAAACCAUAAAGGACAGAAAAAUCCCUCAUUCACUGGCGCCUUCAUUAAUCAAUAAAUCCAGAAUCAUAAAACUACACUGCCCUCUAGCGGUGUGGCUGCGCUAUUGACCAAAUAAAGUCAAGGUGGCCGGAAGUCAUCUCGGCUGCGUGAUUGGCGACAGCAGCUUCGAGAAGAGCCAAGAUGGCGGCGGGACGAGGGGAGUUUUUUCGGAGUUUAAUUGAGGGUUUAGAGAGGAAACCCGUCCAGCCGGCUCCGGUUGGACAACAGCGGGGUCGUGGGAGAGGAAAGCCGGGUACGGCCGGAGGACGGUCGGGUCCGGGUACAGGACAGAGGAGGAGACAACGGCAGGCAGCACCGAGCUCGGUUAGCGGGAACAGCCUCAGCCGCCCGGACCCGAGAGCAGAGGGAAAUAAAUCACAUUUCCCCCACAUUAAAACGUCUCCACCCAGGAACAACUUCAUAGAAAGGCUGCCACAUGAGAUCCUGGUGAAGAUUUUCUCGUACCUGGAUGCCACCUCACUGUCUUACAUCAGCCACGUCAACAAGCUGUUCUCCGAGCUCUCCAAGGAUGAUGUCAUAUGGCGUGGGAUUUACAUGUCAGAGUUUGGGUGUCGAAUGUGGAAUCUGAAGCCAGCAGCACCAAGGGUGGACCCAGCGGAGGUGGAGGGUUGCUCGAUGGGCCACUGGAAGGAGAAAUACUUCAGGACUGUGAAUGCGACGGAAAUUAACAUGUGGAGGAGAGAGAUGAUAAAUGUUCGGCCCUUCACUGGGUUACCGUGGAGGACAGACGGGUUCCUCAGGGAACUGCGUGUGAGCUGGGAACUGACGGUGUGUGAUUGGCGGGGGCAGGAGGUCACGAUGAAGCAGAGCAAAGCGUUGUUCUUCCAGUCCUCCGUGAUCGUCCGCUGGAGUGAAGGAAGGUUCCCCAAAUACCAUCACAUCAGAGACAUGAAGCUGUACGGAGUCAGGAAGGAGACGCUGAAGACCAGGCCCGGCUGGCGCUCUCUGAUCUUAAAGCUCGACAUGAGGACUCGGCCCCCUCGGUUCAUUGACAGAGACAAAGCAGUCAAAGUGAUGCAUCACCAGCCAGGCUUCAUCGUAGGCGUCUGGAGGGUUGACGGCGGUGUGGCCUUCAUCAUGGUCAGCCUGCACCUCCACAGGCUGGUGGAGAGGAGUCUGCUGGGAUCUCCAGUCUGCCCGUUCUCUGAGCCUGACGACCCUCCACAUGUGGAUAACUCCGACCCUGAGUUUGGUCUGCACGGCUACAGUCUGCACGUCCUCCUGCACAAACCCGGCGCUGAGAUCAUGUCAGAAAACUUUGGCAAUCUGUCCUUUAACGCGGGUCGUCUCCAGCGUGGACUGUUGGAGAUGAGGGUCAUCAACACUACUGACUUGUUCCAUCACAGGCCGCUGUCUGGAAACAUCACACUGCCCUGGGUGAGCGGCACAGUGGAGGGCUCAGUGGAGAAAUGCUGCAUCAUGACGUUGACUCUGCUGGACGAGUUCCAGAAACCCUUCUGGUGCCUCAGCUCGCCCAUCGUCAUCACGCCGGCAGAGAGGCGGCUGUCGUUUGACUACGAUGGUGAGCACUUUGUGAUGGUGCUCUACCGCACAGACGGCAGGGUGGAGUUAAAGCUGGUGUGGUUAAAGGAGAAGAGGCAGUUUUUUCUUAUUGGCUUCAACCUUUUUAUUCCUGUUCAUAGAGUUAACAAACGUUUCAGCUCUGCCUUCUGAAGUUCAGUUUGAGUUCACGUGUUUAUUUCUAAUUCAGUUUCCUUGGUUUCAAUCAGCGUUCCAUCAGUUGUUUGUUCAUGUGUUUAUUUUAUAAAAAUAUUGAGUAAAAAAAAAAAAAAAAAAAGAAUUGUCAGCCUCAUGUUUGUCUGACGAGUUUCAGGAGAAAAAAAAUAAUUAGAUUUAAUUUCAGAAGAAAGGCUUUUAAAAUUCUUUAUUUGAAUUUUGUUCAUAAUACAGAAAGUGUCACUGUUUCUGUUACAUUUGUAGAGUAAAAUACAAAAUGUAGUAUGUAAAUACAUUAGUGACAAGAUCCUGAAAAAACAUAAAACUUCAAGUUCACCUUAAAUUUCAGUAUUUACUGAGAACAUCUGAAUUUCAUUAAGUCAAUUAAGCGAGCCUUCUGUGAGAGUAGAAAGACAAAACACGGCCUUGACAGCAGAAAUUACAGCAGAAGAAAUCACCACAGCAAUUUCAAAACUUAAAUGUUAUUAAAAUGUCCAAAAUUAUGUUCAUAAAAUGUCGUAAAAAUAUAAAUAAAAUGACCGAAAAUACAUUAUUAAAAAUGUCCGACAAAUAUUAAUAAAAUUUCGGAAAAAUUAUAAAUAAAAUGUCCGAAAUUAUAUUAAUAAAAUGUACGACAAAUAACAAUUAAAUAUCCGAAAAUAUAUUGUUAAAAUGUCCGACAAAUAUUAAUAAAAUGUGGGAAGAAAUAUUAGUAACAUAAUCGAAAAUAUAUUGUUAAAAAUGUCUGACAAAUAUUAAUAAAAUUUUGGAAAAAAAUAAAUAGAAUGUCCAAAAUUAUGUUAAAUGUUGGACAAAUAUUGAUAA